AGAAAGAAUGGUGAGAACUCCGAGCUUUGAUAAAAAUGGAACGAAAAAAGGUGCAUGGAGUCCUGAAGAAGAUAACAAGUUGAGAGCUUAUAUUCAUAGAUAUGGCCAUUGGAACUGGCGUGAACUUCCCAAGUAUGCUGGUAUAGACACACACUCUCUCUCUCUUGAUGUAAUUUAAAGAAAAAUAUACGGUGUUUGACUUCAUCACUGCAGUGAAGAAAUUGUGUUCAAAUACAUCAGUUUUCCAGAUUUUGAUGAUUUCAUGAGUCUAUCAAGAUGCGGAAAGAGUUGUAGACUGCGGUGGAUGAAUUACUUGCGUCCAAACGUGAAACGGGGAAAGUACACCAAAGCGGAAGACGAUCUCAUCAUGGAAUUACAUGAAAAACUUGGAAAUAAAUGGUCAGCCAUAGCUGCAAAAUUUCCAGGAAGAACCGACAAUGAAAUAAAAAAUCAUUGGCAUACCCAUCUUAAGAAACGCAUUAACGAAAAUCACUCGACAUUUGAAUUGAAACAGAAAGCCAUUCAAAUUUCUCAAUCUCUAGCCAAUCUUGAACUGCAAUCUCAUGACUCACCACGAUCUGAAAUCAACCAUGUGACUGAUGAAUUGGGCUCAAAAGACGUCACUGAUGAAAUAUAUCAGCAAAUUUUAGAAAGCUCUCCAUUGUCGUCCCAAGAACUGUCUUCCAGUGAUUUCUCUUCCAGCAUGACUCCUGAUUAUGCACUUUUGAGUGAUAAAAACUGGGUUGGGGAAGAUAGCAUGAGUUCAUCGGAAUCGUUUGAAGAAUCCGUUAGGAAUUUCUGGAUUGAACUAGCUUUUGAAGAUUUUUCGUACCAACAAAAUGAAUUUUCAUCGAACUUGGCUGAGGGAGAAUCUACGUUUCCAUGUUUUUUGGACCAUGACGAUGAUAGCAUUGAGUGGUUCCACCAGAUACUGAAAGAACUUCCAGAAAAGUGAAACACUUUUGGCAUUUUAAUGUGUUAUAUAUAUAUUGGCGAGUCGUGCUGAGGGCCUUAGAAAUAGGAAUAUUCAUGCACUUGUAGAAGUUAGUUGCUCCAGUUUUGUUGUCAGAAGGAAAUAAAAAAAAAAUAGCAAACAAAAACUUUUAUUA